AUGGAUUUUAUGUAAAGUAAAAAUAUAGAAUGUGAUAAUUUGAUUAAUGAUCUUAAUACAUAUGUAGACAGUUUGAAUUAAUCAUUUUCUUUAUUAAAAAUGGAAAUCAGAUAGAAAUAUUCAUUAUAAAAGGAAGGAUUAAAUAAUAAUCACAUCAUAAUUUAAUUUUUUUUGAUUGAUGAUAAUUCUAUAAAACUAUCUAAAGAGUUAUAUAAUGAAGGUAAUCAUAUUUUAUUAAUCCUUAGGUUAUGAUUUAAUGGAUAAAUCAAAUAACCAAGUUUUUUUCCAUAUAUGGGAGAUAAAUAUGAAGAGGCGAUACAUCAAUCUUUAUGGUGUAAAGGUUCAAUUAUUGAUAAUUAAUAAGUGCAUAUUUAAAAUGAUUAAAUAAAUAUAAGGAUGCAAUCCCUUGGUUGUAAAAAGCAUUCGCUAUUGAUCCUCAGCAUGUUUAUUCCUUAUUUGAUAAAGGUAGAUUGAAUAAUAAUUUUAUUAAUAGGAUAAUGCUUAAGAUUGUUAAAUAAAUAUGAGGAUCCAAUCACUUGAUUGGAUAAAGCAAUAGCUAUUGAUUCUAAGCAUGUUGAUUCCUUAAGUAAUAAAGGUAAAUUAAAUAAUAAUUAUAUUAAAAGGGAAUGCUUAAGAUGAUUGAAAAAAUAUAAUGA